AUGUUAACCCAUACGGUGAGUCACAGCAGGGCAGAUGGAGUCACGGACAAAGAGGACAAGAAACGUAGAUACAACCAUGCAUCGUUCCUGACCCGCAUUACCGUUAAAGACAAAGUUGUAAUCCUUGACCAGUGUGGAGUAUCUGACCGUGAAUUUUCAACAUCCAGUCGAGAUAUCCAUGUGCAUUUCCAAGUGGAGAAGUACUGCGUCCAGUUUGAGGUGCUGAAGGCAUCCAAGGCCUGCCGCAAGGAGACCGCCUACGCUUCGCUCAGAGAAGCGUACCACCAACACUAUGCACGUAACACCCCUUGUUUCGUGACUGCCAUUCCCACUAGAAGCUUCGAGGCUGAAAAUGCGUCGCGCGGUGCAGCAGCGCUGUAUGAUAAAUGGCUGCGGUGUCAAACGGGCGCGUGCAUUUCAACUGCCCAGCCACCCGUCGCCCCUCGCCCUCGACCCGCGCCGCGCCGCGCCGCGCCACCUCGCUCGCCGAAGUCAAGCCAGUCUUCCCAGGGAGCAAAGGCGGCUUUUCAUUUCUGCGUCGCUGACACUCUGACCUUCCGCGUUUAUCGCAACCGGAGGGAGCGCGUGUGCGUGCGGUGCGAGACGCAGGCGCUGCGCAAGGCGCUGGGCUACCGCUGCCCGGGCCACGGCGUCGAGGACCGCGCCACGCGCUGGACGGCGGUGGCGCGGACGCAGGCAAGUGGACGGCUGGGGCGAUCGAGCUGGUCGGAGCGGGCGGCGCGUCCUUCGGCCCCGGCGCCUCGGUCGCGCGCCGCGCGCAGGCCCGCAGGCGCCCGCCCCGCUCUGCCGGCAUGCAAGAAGGGGCCCGACUUCAUCUUGUGUGAGCGCCCCGCCCGGCCCAGCCCGACGAAGCCCAGCCCGCCGGCGCCGGACCCGCACGCGGCAACGGGCGACUCUCGCGCUGAGAGAUCGCUCACAGCCGCCCUCCCCUCCCCAACCCACUCGCCACACUUCUCUCCAGUGCAGGUCCGAAACAUGGAAAUUCAAGUUGGCCUUUCUUCCCUCUCUUUUUUAAACGACGUUUUAUAA